UGUAAGUUAACCUGAACUUUCCACAAACGUCCAAAUACAUCCCUAUCGUAAACAAAAUUGAGAAAACCCAAGCCCUCUCUUCCCCUCCAAAUUACAGUAACCUCUCUCUGUGAUUUAUCGAUCGGACGCCUGUAUCUAUUCAACCAUGACGAUGAUAACUCCUCAACCGAUGGAUCAGCAGGAAGAAGAAGAGAUGCUGGUGCCGCACUCAGAUUUAGUAGAGGGUCCUCAGCCUUUAGUAGAAGGCCCUCAGCCUAUGGAAGUAGGACCAGCAGAGAAUCCUGGGACAGUGGAAAACCAGGCAAGUGAUGAGCCACAGGCAUCACGGUUCACGUGGAUGAUCGAGAACUUCUCUCGCUUGAAUGUAAAGAAGCUGUAUUCUGAAGUCUUUAUUGUUGGAGGUUAUAAAUGGAGGGUUCUUAUUUUUCCGAAAGGAAACAAUGUGGACUACCUAUCAAUGUAUUUAGAUGUGGCAGAUGCAGCUACCUUACCAUAUGCGUGGAGUAGAUAUGCACAAUUUAGCUUGGCUGUAGUCAAUCAAAUGCAUAGCAAGUACACAGUAAAGAAGGAUACACAUCACCAGUUCAAUCAGAGGGAGAGUGAUUGGGGUUUCACUUCUUUCAUGCCUCUCAGUGAGCUGUAUGAUCCCAGUAAGGGGUAUCUUGUCAAUGAUACAUGUGUUAUUGAAGCCGAUGUUGCUGUGCGUAAGGCCAUUGAUUACUGGACUUAUGACUCAAAGAAGGAGACAGGUUAUGUUGGACUCAAGAACCAGGGAGCAACUUGUUACAUGAACUCUCUCCUUCAAACUUUGUACCAUAUUCCUUACUUCAGAAAGGCUGUGUAUCAUAUGCCAACAACAGAGAAUGAUAUGCCCUCAGGGAGCAUUCCUUUGGCUUUGCAGAGUUUAUUUUAUAAGCUCCAAUAUAAUGACACCAGUGUGGCUACAAAAGAAUUGACUAAAUCUUUUGGAUGGGACACUUAUGAUUCCUUUCUGCAGCAUGAUGUGCAAGAACUUAAUAGAGUUUUGUCUGAAAAGCUCGAAGACAAGAUGAAGGGAACUGUAGUUGAAGGGACCAUACAGAAAUUAUUUGAAGGGCACCAUAUGAAUUACAUUGAAUGUAUAAAUGUGGACUUCAAAUCUACAAGAAAAGAAUCUUUUUAUGAUUUACAACUUGAUGUCAAAGGCUGUAAGGAUGUUUAUGAUUCCUUUGAUAAGUAUGUGGAAGUUGAGCGCCUUGAAGGUGAUAACAAGUAUCAUGCUGAAGAACACGGCUUGCAGGAUGCCAGGAAGGGUGUCUUGUUCAUUGACUUCCCUCCAGUUCUUCAGCUUCAGCUAAAACGUUUUGAGUAUGAUUUUAUGAGAGAUACAAUGGUUAAGAUAAAUGACCGCUAUGAAUUUCCUCUGGAACUUGACCUUGAUAGAGACAAUGGAAAAUAUUUGUCGCCUGAAGCAGAUAGGAGUGUCCGCAACCUUUACAUGCUCCAUAGUGUUUUGGUUCAUAGUGGCGGUGUGCACGGUGGACAUUAUUAUGCUUUCAUAAGGCCAACGCUCUCUGACCAGUGGUACAAAUUUGAUGAUGAGAGGGUCACUAAAGAAGAUAUGAAGAGAGCUUUAGAGGAACAGUAUGGUGGUGAGGAAGAGUUGCCGCAAACAAAUCCUGGCUACAACAACACCCCAUUUAAAUUUACAAAAUACUCGAAUGCCUACAUGCUGGUGUAUAUACGUGUGGGUGAUAAGGAUAAGAUAAUAUGUGAUGUUGAUGAGAAGGACAUCGCUGAACAUCUUAGGAUGAGACUGAAAAAAGAACAAGAAGUGAAGGAGGACAAGAGGAGAUAUAAGGCGCAGGCCCAUCUUUAUACCAUCAUCAAGGUUGCCCGAGAUGAGGAUUUGAAGGAACAGAUUGGAAAGGAUAUAUAUUUUGAUCUUGUUGAUCAUGAUAAAGUCCGCAGCUUUAGAAUUCAGAAACAGACGCCUUUUAACCUUUUCAAGGAGGAGGUUGCUAGAGAAUUUGGUAUACCAGUUCAAUUCCAGCGCUUUUGGAUUUGGGCAAAGAGGCAGAAUCACACAUAUCGUCCGAACCGUCCAUUGACACCACAGGAGGAAGCACAAACUGUUGGUGCAUUGAGGGAAGUCUCCAAUAAAGCUCAUAAUGCUGAGUUGAAGUUGUUUUUGGAAGUCAAACAUGGCCAGGAGCUACAUCCCUUUCCUCCUCCUGACAAAACUAAGGAAGACAUACUUCUGUUCUUUAAGCUUUAUGAUCCUGAGAAAGAAGAACUCAGGUAUGUUGGUAGGUUUUUUGUGAAAAGCUCUGGCAAGCCGAUGGAGAUCUUGACAAAACUAAAUGAAUUGGCUGGAUUUGCUCCUGAUGAAGAGAUUGAACUCUUUGAGGAGAUAAAAUUUGAGCCUACUGUCAUGUGUGAACGCCUCGACAGAAGAGCUUCAUUUAGGUUUAGCCAGAUUGAGGAUGGGGACAUUAUCUGUUUCCAAAAGAAGCUUCUCCCAGAAGGUGAAGAAAAAUUCCGAUAUCCUGGAGUUCCUUCAUUUUUGGAAUAUGUGAAAAAUCGGCAGACUGUCCAUUUUCGUGCUCUGGAGAGACCCAAGGAAGAUGAAUUCUGCCUAGAGUUAGCAAAGAACCACACUUAUGAUGAUGUUGUGGAAAGGGUAGCUCAGCACCUUGGGUUGGAUGAUCCAUCUAAAAUUAGGCUUACUCCUCAUAAUUGCUAUUCUCAGCAACCAAAGCCCAAUCCCAUCAAGUAUAGAUCGGUUGAUCGCCUAUUAGACAUGCUUGUUCACUACAAUCAGAUCUCAGAUAUUCUUUAUUAUGAAGUACUGGACAUUCCUCUACCAGAAUUGCAAUGUCUGAAGACUCUGAAAGUUGCCUUUCAUCAUGCGACAAAGGAUGAGGCAGUAGUACUCAAUAUUAGAUUGCCGAGACAAAGCACGGUUGGAGAUGUGCUUAACGAGAUCAAAACAAAGGUAGAGUUGUCUCAUCCAAAUGCAGAACUUAGGUUGCUGGAAGUUUUCUAUCACAAGAUUUACAAGAUCUUUCCGCUCAAUGAGAAGAUUGAGAAUAUAAAUGAUCAAUACUGGACAUUGCGUGCUGAAGAGAUUCCAGAAGAAGAGAAGAACCCUGGUCCCAAUAGCCGAUUGAUUCAUGUUUACCAUUUUAAGAAGGAGAAUGCUCAGAAUCAAGUGCAAGUACAGAAUUUUGGGGAACCCUUCUUUUUGGUCAUUCAUGAUGCUGAAAUUCUAGCGGAUGUUAAAAUGCGGAUUCAAAAGAAAUUGCAGGUACCUGACGAGGAAUUCUCUAAGUGGAAGUUUGCUUUUCUCUCACUGGGACGUCCAGAAUAUCUUGAGGACUCUGACAUUGUCUCCAGCCGUUUUCAGAGAAGAGAUGUUUAUGGUGCUUGGGAGCAGUACCUUGGGUUAGAGCAUUCUGACACUACACCUAAAAGGGCUUAUGCUGCAAGCCAGAACCGCCACACAUUCGAGAAAGCUGUGAAAAUAUACAACUAAAUGGAAUUGCUUCUUAAUAUUCUUGCUCUGAGGCAACACGUAAAUGUGAGGAAGGUGAAAUCUGUGAUUCGUAUAGGAGAGUGUUAACGCAGAAAAAAGGUUAGCUGAUGGAAGUUUUUUCUCCCCUCCGCGUUUCUGUACAUUUGGUGGUUUGUUAAACUAGAAUUAAUUUUUGACUUGGAAUGGAAAAAGAGGAGCUUUCGCUUCCAAAUUUAAUUUGCUUUUAGUGGUUGGUAUUAUAUAUUUGCUCUCUUCAGGAAUUAUUUAUGGUUCCUGUGAAAUUUAAUCCUACAUACCAAGAUUUUGGUUACUAGGGUUAGCCCUUACUAUUUCAGCCCGACUCGUUUUUCUUUUCCCUGUAUUUUCCUACCCCCUUAAUUUGUUGUAUUUCAAAUUAUAUGUACAGGGGAUAGGGUUGUAAAGGAAACUAUUAUGCUCCUUUUUAGAGGAGAUCUAUAUUAAUAAUCUAAGCUUUUACUUUUUUUUGAA